ACAAAGGGAAAGUGAUAAGCGCUCUUUCUGCCCGCGAAGUCGACCCGCCGUAUUGCGCUUUCCGAGCGCUAUCGGCUGAGCGACAGAAAAAAAUAUAGCACUAACACCUCCGGCGGUGCUUAUCAUUCGUUUCUAUGGCAACAGGUAUCCAGGCUGCGUUGGUUCCGCUGUUAGGCCAGCGAGCCGGAUCGACGCAUCGUUCCGACAGAGCAAAGAGCCAUGUCAGGAGUCGUAUUGCUGCGAGAUUUUGGAUACGGUAUCCCCAAGGACCUGCGGGUUACCUUCGCCGAUAAGCUGCCGGAGGAAGCACUGUGCAUUCAGUGUGACAACGUGUCGGCCCGAUUGUACAGAGAUGCCUGUGGCCACGGCUACUGCACUUCCUGCCGUGCCAUGUGUGAGCGAGACGGAUUCUUCGAGUGCGCUACUUGUCGAAAGAAAUACAAAGCUUGGGAGCUUACUCUAGAUUGCUCUGCACCAGACACAAUAAAGAAAGCGAAAAUCAUCUGUCCCAAGACCAGCCCAGAUAAACCUGUGCUCAUUACCUUCAGCGCCCUCAAGGCCCACCUCAAGUCCUGCGUCUGCAGUGUUGCUAAGGAAGUUACAGAGUCCGAUAUACAGUCUUCUGGCUUGGCUAUGCUACCACGUCUGCCAGAAAAGCAAGAAAGCGCCGUUCACCCUCCUGGGAGGCAAGAAGAAAACAUGGGUUCCAAGAUGUGCGUGUGCUGCCACUGCGAACAGACGAUACCUAAGAAACUAAUCCGAGACCAUAUGACUGACUGUCAGAAAAAGAUGUCUGAGAGCCUACAUUACGAGGACGCACUCAAUGAGCGAGGAACUUGCGAGGGUUUCAAACAUACGCGACAUGACAGUUCCAGUGACCUCUCCGCAAGUCUUCCGGUGGAAAAGUCACGUUCACAUCAGGUUUUCAUGACAGGUCCAGUAAACGAGUUAACUGGGGAGCACGCCGGUUCUUUGAAUGGCGGCAUGUGCACUACCAGGAAGGAGCCCCCUGUCUCGCCUGCCGACCCCUCCGAUCUGCCACGACUGCUGAAUGUGGCCCUCUCGAAGAUGUGCGACUUGGAACAGGAAGUAACAGAGCUUAAGAAUGCGGCUGAUAAAAGAAACGAUGACACUGAUCUGCUUAAGGUUGCAGUCCCGACCAUCCAAGGGGACAUGAGGAACGUUCAAAUCCAAUGUGAACAACGUAUUGAAAAAUCAGAAAAAUCUAUCUCCAAUGUCGAGGAAUCGCACAGCUCUCUUCAGGAAACUGUGUCCAUCAUCAAUGAAGAUACGAAAACUCGACUGAAUGCGGUUGAGGAGGCGAUGAAGAGCAUGGAUGAAAGGCUUUCUUUUGCAGUCCAUCAAUUACAGGAAGAAAACAAGAAGGUCUAUGGUGCCCUCGACCACAUUUUCAGAGAUUUGCAUCAGAUGAAAAUGGAUUUCCAUGAGUUUGUGAAGGAUUAUUAUCAGGCACAGGAACUCGCCAUCGCAACGAAAGGUCACGGGCGUUCCAAGUAGGAACACGAGGUGGAUGCUGCUAGCUACGAAUAAUUGGAUGCAAGCCGCAAGUUAAUGCAAUGUUUGCUUUAAACCUGCUCCUGAGAAACGAGAGAGGAUUUGUAAUUACUUUUCAGUUGUAUCAACAGUCACCUGUGCUUUAAUCCUUAUUCUGUUGAAGAAUGAUACGAAAUAAAAAAAUUAAAAAACAA